AUGACCAGCAUCGCGGAGACAUCGCCUCAGCUCCGCGGCCAAGGGGGUCAACAGGGAGCCACUGUGUGCCCACCACGCAAUCCUGGACUGAGAUACAUAUUUCAGAUUGGCAUUCAUACAACGUUCAAUGCAGGCCACAAGAAAAGACAAAAGCAACAUCUCUCGCGUCCCAUCUGCACCCCUCCUCCGAAAAUCAACAAGACAGAAGCCACAAGCGUGAACGGAUUGAAGCCCUCUUUUCAUUUCAAAGGGGUCAUGGCACCGAAAUUCGACCGAGCAAACAUGAAGUACCGAUUCCUCGGUCCAACGGGUCUACGGGUAUCGGAGAUUUCGCUGGGCAGCUGGAUCACUUUUGGCGGCCAGGUGAAGAAGGAAGACUCGCUGGCAUUCUUCCGCGAGGCAUGGACCCACGGCAUCAACUUCUUCGACUCGGCCGAGGGGUACCUCGAAGGCAAGGGGGAGGAGAGUCUCGGUAUGGCCUUCAAGGAGCUUGGAUGGGACCGGAGCGACUUUGUCGUUGUGACCAAGAUCUACUGGGGCGGCAGCGGACCCAACGACGUCGGCUUGUCGAGGAAGCACAUCCUAGAGGGCACGGCGAAGUCUCUCAAGAGGUUGCAGCUGGACUACGUGGAUGUCAUCAUGGCCCACCGUUGUGACCCGGCUACACCAAUGGAAGAAAUCGUCCGAGCAUUCACGCACUUGAUCAACACCGGCCGAGCCCUUUACUGGGGAACGUCCGAGUGGUCUGCUCAAGAGAUCGAGAGCGCCCACAGCGUCGCCAAAAAUCUCGGUCUGAUUGCUCCCAUCUGCGACCAGCCACAGUACAACAUGUUCACGCGCAGUCGAGUCGAGCAGGAAUACCUUCCGCUGUACGAGAAGUACGGCUACGGCUUGACCAUCUGGUCGCCAUUGGCCAGCGGCAUACUCAGCGGGAAGUACAACGAUUUCAACGUGCCCGAGGAUUCUCGUCUCGCCAUAAAAGAGGACCAGUUCAUGGUAGCCUUCAAGGAGAAGUUGAGCACGCCAGAAGGCCGCGCCGAAAUCGAAAAGGUCAAAAAGGCCGGCGAGAUUGCAAAGGCUCUCGAAUGCAGCAUGUCGCAAUUGGCCAUUGCUUGGUGCCUGAAGAACAAGAGAGUCAGCUCCGUCAUCACAGGAGCGAGCAAGACUUCGCAGAUCGCGGAGAACGUCAAGGCCGUGCAGAUUGUUGACAAGAUCACCGAGGAGCAAAUGAAGCAGAUCGACGAGAUCAUGGGCAACAAGCCAUCGGGCGUCGAGUAUUUUGGCCGAGACCACUAG